AUGUCUUUCAAAGCUGAUCUCGUUUCAGUUCUUCUCUGCCUUGCAUGGCUGUCACAGUUCUCCGCUAACGCACUUCCUCUUUUGGACCAACUAUCCAAAAGACAAAUAGUGACAAGGAUGCACACUGCAAGCACCACUAACGUGGUGACUGACUUCUAUUCUACCACAACUCAAGUUGAGGUCGCACCUACCGUUGAGUUCAUUAUCAGCGGUGACACCACUAUCACAACCACUUUGCCUCAAGCCGAUGGCUCCACCCCCACUGGAGUCCCCACCACAACCAUCCUAUUGACCGCUAACCUUCAGAACAACAAUGCUGCGGGCCCAACAUCCGCAUCUUCCUCAGACUGUGCCACUACUGUUGCAAAUGGAACACCCAAGGGAACAGUGUACGUUUCACCAGUUCAGAACUCCAACGUGAACCCUCCAUCUUCUUCUCCCCAAGCCACCUUCUCCACUAGCAGUUUGGUUGCGUCCGCUUCAGUUCUUCCCUCCUCUUCGUCCCCCUUUUCAAGUCCCUCUUCGGCCAACACCGCCGGCUCCGAGGUCCCAAGCGCUCAUGUACCAGCUCCUCCAGCUUCCACUACUUCUGGCUUCUCUGUAACAAGCUUGCAGCCGGCUUAUACUUCUAGCACUCCGGUGUCGUCGGCCGCUACCACUGAAGAAGCUACCUCGAGCACUGAAGCGGAACAAGCGACCUCCACGUCUCAACAGGCUCCAAAUACGAUAACUUCGCAAGCGGCUUCCACAUCAACUCCACAAACGUCCACUUCCUCCACCUCUCAGUCGACUUCUGCCAACGCAUUGGGCGGCGUUCCUACUGCUUUGGUCUACUCGCCUUACAACAACGAUAACAGUUGCAAGGAUUCAUCAUCUGUCUACAAUGACCUACAAUACAUCAAGUCCAAAGGUGUGUCCCAAAUUAGAGUUUACGGCACAGACUGUAACUCUUUGCAAACUAUUACUUCGGCUGCUAAAUCUUUCGGUAUUACCAUCAACCAAGGUUUGUGGAUAUCAUCUGCUGGUGUUGACUCAAUUGAUGACUCAGUAAAUGAUAUUCUCUCUUAUGGCCAAGCUAACGGAUGGGACCUAUUCGAUAUUCUAACUAUCGGUAACGAGGCCGUUUUGUCCGGCUACUGCACCGUGGAGGACUUGAUCAACAAGAUCUCAUCAGUCAGAUCCAAGUUUGAAAGCGCUGGUUUCACAGGUAAGUACACCACCAGUGAACCACCUGUUACCUUCCAGAACAACCCAGACUUAUGCCGCAAGUCCAACAUCGAUUUUGUUGGCAUUAACUCACACGCCUAUUUCGAUGUAAACUCUUCUGCGGACACAGCCGGUAGCUUCGUGAAGGGUCAGCUAGAGCUGAUUCAACAGAUUUGCGGGACAAACAACGUUGAAGUUACAGAAACCGGUUAUCCCUCUGCUGGAGACCAAAACGGAGGUAACAUUCCAUCUGAAGAAAACCAGGCGAUUGCAGUGCAAAAGAUUUUGAGCGAAAUGGACAUGCAAGUUACGAUUCUCUCCACAUUUGAUGAUCUAUGGAAACAACCUGGUCCUUACAACAUCGAACAGCAUUUUGGUAUCUCUAAACUUCUAGGCGCCUAA